UUUGGCAAUUAAUACGUUUGAGAUCGUGUUCCUUGUCUAGUCUAUAUGAUGAUAACGAUUAACUCGCUUAGUAAUAUGGAAGUGAGAGCAAUAUUAAAUAAAGACUGCAUUUAAAUUUGUUUAGUCUUAUAUGUAAAUUCUAACCUCAAGUUUUCUUAUGUGACAAUAUUAAUUUUUAAUUACGAAACAUUGGAAUAAAUUUAUUAAACAAAAUGGCUAUGCAAGUUCCUGCUGAAGUAAAGUUAGAUGAAAUUCAGACUUUUAAAAACUUCAUAACGUCUUACAACAAAUUAUCCGAGAUUUGUUUUAUUGACUGCAUAACCGAUUUUACGACACGUGAUGUUAAACCAAAGGAAGAAAAGUGUGCCCUUAACUGUAUGGAAAAAUAUUUGAAAAUGAACCAACGAGUUUCCCAGCGAUUCCAAGAAUUUCAAAUACUUGCCAAUGAAAAUAUAAUUGCGGCUGAAAAGAAACUUGGACGGAUAUAAUGUCGAAGAAAAAUGUGUGUUUCAUGUAUAAAGCAUAUUGAUAUAAAUAUUAUAUGAUUUCGCUAAAUGAAAUGUUAAAAUAU